AUGGCUGGAGGAAGGAACAAUACAAUAGUCAUCAGAUUCAUCCUUUUAGGAUUCUCAGAUUAUCCCAAGCUCAAGAUUGUUCUUUUUGCAGUAUUCUUGGGUGCCCUGGGUUCUUAUUUCUUGACAGUGUCCUGGAACCUGGGCCUCAUCAUCCUGAUUAGGAUGGACUCUUACCUACAUACACCCAUGCACUUCCUCCUCAGCAAUUUAUCCUUCUUAGAUUUUUGCUAUGUUACCUCCACAACCCCCAAAAUGCUCUCAGACUUCUUCCAGAAGCCUAAGUCCAUCUCAUUUUUGGGGUGCACUAUGCAGUACUUCUUCUUCUCUAGCCUGGGUCUGACUGAGUGCUGUCUCCUGGCAGCCAUGGCUUAUGACCGAUAUGCUGCCAUUUGUAAUCCUCUGCUCUACACUGCCAUCAUGUCACCCACCCUCUGUGUCCAGAUGAUGGUUGGAGCCUAUAUAACUGGCCUCUUUGGUUCAUUGAUUCAACUGUGUGCUUUACUUCAGCUCAAUUUCUGUGGGCCAAAUGUUAUCAACCACUUCUUCUGUGAUCUGCCUCAAUUAUUAGUCCUAUCCUGCUCUGAAACCUUUUUCCUAAAAGUCAUGAAAUUUGUGAUAGCAGUGAUUUUUGGUGUGAUCUCUGUCUUUGCCAUCAUAUAUAUCAUUGCCACCAUCCUGAAGAUCAGCUCUGGUGAAGGCAAGUCCAAGGCUUUCAACACCUAUACUUCUCACCUGAUAGCAGUGAUCUGUUUUUUUGGAUCAGGACUCUUUGUCUCUAUGCACCCCAGCACUGAUAAUUCUCUGGGCCAUGACAAGAUGGCAUCAGUCUUCUAUGCAGUGAUGAUCCCUAUGAAUCCUUUGAUUUACAGCUUGAAGAACAAGAAAAUCAAAGAUGCCCUUAAGAGGUGUAAGAAGAGAGCAUUUUCCCAGUUUAUAUUAAAUAAAGGCACAAACAUAUAUAGAGUGUCAAGCCCCCAUAACUGA